UGACCUCGUGAUCCGCCCGCCUCAGCCUCCCAAAGUGCUGGGAUUACAGGCGUGAGCCACCGCGCCCGGCCUCUUAUCACAGAUUUUUUAAAGACUAUAACCUUUUACUAACUGUGGUCUUACUAAAAUUUGUGCUUGAUACUGCUUUUCAGUAUCAAAGCAUCCCUUUUAACUAGAGCCAAAGGGAUGGAAAAGGCAAGAUAUAAAUAACUGCCUCUUGUAGAUCUCCUAUUUACAUUGAAAAUUAUUACCAUAUGUUUAGAGCAAAUCCCAGAAAAUUUCAACAGCUUCUGAAGAUGUCUAUGAAUGUGGAAAACUUUUCAAUCUCUUGGAAUGCUCAGUUAUGUUCCUAGACUGGUCUUUUCUGACUACUGGUUGUUAACCUUUCCGUAGCCCAGGACCUCAAGCCAUAUAUAUCCUUUGGGUAUAACCCAUGGCCAAAGUUAUUAAGAUGAAAUGACUUUCAAAGUCAGAGAAGGACAGCAUAGGGAGAGGCGGUUCUUUGUAAGUCAUUACAGGUAGAACAGGGCAGAAGGAAAAAUAUGUUCUGGAGAAAGGGCCAUGUUCCUAACUUUGGAGAUGUGUCAUUGCCAGGAACCUAGUAUCUUCCAACUUGAAUUGGUGGCAGCUGUUCCACUGAGACAAGGCGCAUGUAUGCCUUGUGGCUAAGUGAGCAAACUGGGCUUCCUCUUAAAUGUUUGGAAUCCUCAAUUGAUUCUUUAUUUCAAACCUUUAUAAAAGAUACAGUUUUGUAAGCCAUUAUUAAUAAUUAAUGCUUAUCGGCCAGGCAUGGUGGUUCAUGCCUGUAAUCCCAGCACUUUGGAAGGCUGAGGCGGGUGAAUCACUUGAGGUCAGGAGUUUGAGACCAGCUGGCCAACAUGGCGAAACACCAUCUCUACUAAAAAUAGAAAAAUUUGCCGUGCGUAGUGGCACAUGCCUGUAGUCUUAGCUACUCGGGACACUGAGGCAGGAGAAUCACUUGAACCCAGGAGGUGGAGGUUGCAGUGAGCCAAGAUCGUGCCACUGCACUCCAGCCUGGGCAACAGAGCAAGACUAUCUUAAAAAAAAAACAAAAACUUAAUGGUUUAUCAAUAUUUAUUAUUGAAAUACUUGUCCAGGUAACUUUACACUUAUAAUGAAUUCAUGAAUUUUGUUAGCAGCAUUGGCUUUCUCAAAAGGACAAACUCAGAAUAUCUUUAUAAAGUAUAAUUCAUGAUCACAAAUUACACAAAAAUCAGUAGAAACAGUUUUUAUGUUCAGAUUUAAAAAAAAAACUUGGAAUACUUUUAGAUUUACAGAGAAGUUGCAAAGAUACAUGGAGCGCUUCUGUGACCACUCACCCAGUCCCCCUAGUGCUAACCUUUUAUUUAACCGUGAAUCAUUUGUCAGAAGCUAAGUAACCAAUACUGGUAAUUACUAUUAACAGAACUUGACUUUAUUUUUCAGAUUGUACUAGUUUUUUAAUUAAUGUCAUUUUUCUUUUCCAGGAUCCAGUCUAGGAUACCACACUGAAUUAGUCGUCAUGCCUAAUUAGUCUCUGGUGGGGAAGAAAACAUGACAGAAACAGAUGCCUUCUAUAAAAGAGAAAUAUUUGAUCCGGCAGAAAAGUACAAAAUGGACCACAGGAGGAGAGGAAUUGCUUUAAUCUUCAAUCAUGAGAGGUUCUUUUGGCACUUAACACUGCCAGAAAGGCGGGGCACCUGCACAGACAGAGACAAUCUUACCCGCAGGUUUUCAGAUCUAGGAUUUGAAGUGAAAUGCUUUAACGAUCUUAAAGCAGAAGAACUACUGCUCAAAAUUCAUGAGGUGUCAACCUCUAGCCACGCAGAUGCCGAUUGCUUUGUGUGUGUCUUCCUGAGCCAUGGCGAAGGCAAUCACAUUUAUGCAUAUGAUGCUAAAAUUGAAAUUCAGACAUUAACUGGCUUGUUCAAAGGAGACAAGUGUCAGAGCCUGGUUGGAAAACCCAAGAUAUUUAUCAUUCAGGCAUGUCGGGGAGACCAGCACGAUGUGCCAGUCAUUCCUUUGGAUGCAGUAGAUAAUCAGACAGACAAGCUGGACACCAACAUAACUGAGGUAGAUGCAGCCUCCGUUUACACGCUGCCUGCUGGAGCUGACUUCCUUAUGUGUUACUCCGUUGCAGAAGGAUAUUAUUCUCAUCGGGAAACUCUGAACGGCUCAUGGUACAUUCAGGAUUUGUGUGAGAUGUUGGGAAAAUAUGGCUCCUCCUUAGAGUUCACAGAACUCCUCACACUGGUGAACAGGAAAGUUUCUCAGCGCCGAGUGAACUUUUGCAAAGACCCAAGUGCGAUUGGAAAGAAGCAGGUUCCCUGCUUUGCCUCAAUGCUAACUAAAAAGCUGCAUUUCUUUCCAAAAUCUAAUUAAUAGGGGCUAUCUUAUUUUACAAUUUAAUCUACUGAAAAUGUCUUUCUCGGCCAGGCGUGGUAGCUCCCACCUGUAAUCCCAGCACUUUGGGAGUCUGAGGCGGGCGGACCACCUGAGGUCGGGAGUUCGAGACCAGCCUGACCAACAUGGAGAAACCCCGUCUCUACUAAAAAUACAAAAAAAAUUUAGCUAGGCAUGGUGGCGCAUGCCUGUAAUCCCAGCUACUUGGGAGGCUGAGGCAGGAGAAUCACUUGAACCCAGGAGGGGGAGGUUGUGGUGAGCCGAGAUUGCGCCAUUGCACUCCAGCCUGGGCAAUAAGAGUGAAACUCCGUCUCAAAAAAAAGAAAAUGUCUUUCUCUUCUUUUUAUAUAAAUAUCGUUAGGCUGAAGCAUUAUAGUCCAAUGAUUCAAAUGUUUUAAAGUUUAAUGCCCAGCAGAGAACUGCCUUUAAAAAAAAAAAAAAAUUCAUGUUGGCCAUGGUGAAAGGGUUUGAUAUGCAGAAACAAAAUCCUCAGGAAAUUAGGUAAAUAAAAAUUUACAAGCAUUAAUAAACUGCAGGGUUACAUAAAAAUCUAGCUGAUUUAACUUGUAUUUUGUUACUUUUUUUAUAAAAGUUUAUUGUUUGAUUUUUUAAAGGUUUUUGAAAUCCAGGAAUUAAAUCAUGAUCCCUUAAUAAAGUAUUUGAAAUUCAUAUUUUACUACA